GACGCAUGAUCAUUUCAUUUUGUAUCUGUCCCUAUCCUUUGUGAAGAUUUUAGACAGCGAAUGAAUAUUGAUUAUAAAAUAGGACCAAAGUUCGCUACCCCUAAAAAAAUGAGGCUAACUUAGGAUUGAAAUUUAAUUUUUGUGUGAAAAUGCUAGGGUGGGCCGUUUUAUGUUUGUUAGCGUUACAUUUUUAUGGGGUAGCGAGCCAGGGGGAGUGCACAGACCUGCGGGGGCGGUUGAUCUCGCACGGGUUGCACUAUGUGCCCGGGCCAGACACCUGUACGCUGUGCGUUUGUGACAAUGGCCUGCCCAAAGUUUGCAAGGCUGUGCUGUGCUCUCCACCUCAGGAUUGCCGGUCCUUCCGUGUCGGGAACACGUGCUGCGAAUUCAUAUGCCUCGACGACGUGGUGAAACCGGCCGAGGGCGCGGAGGCCAAUGUGCGAGUGGCGGCCGGAGGCGCAGCAACCGUGGUGCUUCUGACGGUCGCGCUUGUGGUAUACAGAGUGCGGAAACAGAAACGGCGCAGGCCACCACACGCUGACGAUCAGAGGAGCUUGACUAGUAUAGGGUACAUAAGUGGCAGCAUGGGGUACAUGGGCGGUACGUGUGAGACCGCAUUGGCGGGGUGGAAACCCCCAGGCAACUAUUUACCGCGCGGGGAGGCACCUCCACCGUAUGAUGAGGUUGUAGCUCAGUGCCGUAAUGAAAAUAUGAGAAUGCAGAGUGAGCAGGCAUUUCAUCGCACAUAUCCUGCCACGGUAGAGAGUCUGGCCCGACCUGAGGACUCCAUGCAAUGCUCUGGACACAGUUAUACUAACGUGCCCCGACCAAUGGCACAGAUGCCAAACCCACAGAACUGUUAUAACGCGCCACUGCUUCAGCCCGUACAUCCUCCAGAACCUAGAGAUUCCAACUCGAUGAUACACCAUCCUCUCGCUCCUAAUAUGGUUUCAGUGGUGGGGUUCCCCCACGCUGUGCGGCUGACUGGAUCCCUUGGCGCCAUCAGCAACCGCGGGCUGCUGACCCUGCUGCAGCGCGAGCCGACGCCUGAACGCCCACACAACGUACCAGGCUUUUAUGCCAACGCCGCCGUCAUGCAUGCCUCACACCGCACAAUCCCACGAAUCUCCACGGCGGUGGAUACCACGAUGCUGGAGAGCGGCCUGGGCGGUUUCAACCGCUGCGGCGAGCGCGGGCUAGGGCUGGGAGAAAUUCGCCGCUCCUUCCAUCGACCCGGCGAACCGAGGGCCCCGCCGGGUGACACCGGUCGCUCCAUGCCGAGGAAUCUCAACUUAGCCUCUGUCGGCCCUGAACUCACCGACCUCCCGCAUCUUAGGUCGCGGGAUCCAGCUUCUUUGGAUUCAAUAAACAUGCGACUCUCGAGCUCUGGCGGGGGCUGCAACGGAACGGCCGUCAACGGGGAGCGGCGCGAGGAGGCGGGGGCAGACAAAACCGUGAAGCCUCCCCCGCCCGACGCUACACACCAGACGCUGCCGCUCACUGUCGACAAGCCGUCGUGCGUGUGCAGCUAUUCGGGCGCGGGUGCCGACGCGCAGAGCGGCGAACACGGCGAGGAGGCCGACGACUAUCGCAGCGAGUGCGAGAACUGCAAGGCGGCUAGCAGUUCCAGUGUUCGGCAGAUGGGUGCUGGACGAGGGCUGGGACGGCGAGGAGGAGGACGGCACGCAGACGCUGCAGCGUCGCGCCCCCGCCGCGCCCGCGCCGCAUCAGCCCGCCACCAGCACGCUGCCGCAGCCCGUCACCAAGCAGCCCCGGACUAUCAUGGGCCCACCUUCGAAUUGGGAGAACUGGUUCAAUACAAUUCACGAUUCGGACACCGAAUCAGAGGAGGAGUAACCUAAACGUUAAAUACACAUUAAAAUUAUCGAUUUGUGUAUAAACAUCGAUUAAACGCUCUAAUUAAUGUGUUCGUGUUAAUAGUUAAUUGCCACAUUGCGAUUGUCGUAGCGACUGUAUUUUAAGGAAAAAUAUAAUGACCUCAAAAGUUAUUAUACGGUCUGUUAUGCCCCGUCGAAAUUUGAAUGAAUUUGUUCACGCAAUAAGAACUAGAUUUAAGAAAACUUAACCGAGAGAAUCUUAUAAUAAUGAAAUUAAUUAUCUAAUCAGAAACGCAAAGAGUUCUAAUUGUCUAUCUACGCUUAUGAGUAAAUAAGAGUGAGUCGUGGCGACUUUCAGCAGCGAUGCAAACGCGCGUUCGUGAAACACGCGAUUGCAUCGCUACACUAGCGAUUUAUAGGCAAUGCAAUCGCACGUUUGUAUCGAAGCAGCCGCGCGCUUG